GUGAUGAUUGAACCAAAUGAAGCAAUGUCAGAGAAGGAAAUAUCUUCAAAGAAUAUUGAAACUAAAGUUUCUUCAGAGAAUACUGAAAAUAGAGCAUCUUCAAAGAGUACUGAAAAUAAAGAUAUCUUCGCUAAUCUACAAUCUGACCCAUGGUCAUCUUCCUUAAAAAUAAGCACAGGUGAAAUGAGCCAAAAUGCAGUCAUUACAAAGCAGGAGAAAAAUAAUGACUAUUGCCUUCAGGAUAUUGAUAAAUUGUCAGAAUCAACAGAUGAUGAGGGUGAAGACACCAACGAUGAAGAAAAUGAUGACAGUAGCCCUAUAAAGGGUACCCGUGCCCCAUUAGAAUUAAUGGCAGAAUUCCUGAGAGCGGAAAUGGGCCGAGACUACCAUUUGGCAAAAAAAUUAUGUCAGAUGAUCCUACUCUAUGAACCAGAAAAUCCUGAGGCCAAGGAGUUUUUCUCACUUAUUGAAGAAAUGUUGCUGAUGGAGAAAGCACAGAAUCUUGAGGAAGCGGAUGAAGACAGUGAAGAUGACAGUAGCGAUGAGAGCGAAGGGGAAAGCAGCGAGGAUCCGAGUGAGGAGAGCUCUGAUGAGUGUGAGGAUGGGUCAUAGAUGUUGCUGUUGUGGUUUAAGCUUUGUGUAUUUUUCUUAAUGUGUACUUUACAAAUAUAAAGAAGAGACCUGCACGGUA